AAAACAUCAAGAUGAACACUAAGCUUUUAGUAUUCGUUAUCUGAUUCUUGGCAGUCUUAUACGCUCAAGAAAAAGAUGGCAAAGACGAAGGAAACAUUAUUGAUUUCAGGUUUAGCAGCCAUACCCACGGUUUUAGAGAAACCGUCCAUGCCAAAGUCGGUGACAAAAUCAGAAUCACCCUCGAUGAGAACCAAACCACUGGAUACCAAUGGAUGGUUCCUGAAGCCGUUGAAGAGUACAACGUCAUCUGGAGCUUAGACUCUAGUGAGUACGAGAGUAGCCCAUCCAACGGAAUGGUUGGUGUUGGAGGCACCAGAACCAUCGUGUUGUCAGUGAACAAGCCAGGAGACGAAAUGCUGACAUUUGUGUAUGGAAGACCAUGGCUUUACGAAAAGGCCAUUGAUGCAUUCAUCAAAGUAGGGUACUUCAACGCUCAACUGAUGGAGGGACAUGCCAUUCAGCUCAAUAUCAUUGCUUCCUAAGUCUCCCGCUUUGGCAAGAAUUUUAUUUCAAUUUU